UUCUCCAUCCUCUGAAAUUCCAAACUGUCAAAACAGAACACACAAUUUUCUCAAAUCUUAUUGAAUCAAUAAUUCAAGAAGAUAAGAGAAUCUUGAUCCAUCUUCCUUUUCUCUCUUCUCAUCAUAUUUACAGAACAACCCAACAAAAACCCAACUCAUUUUUCUCCAAGAUAACAUUGUUUUCUUGUUUUAAAAAUCAAAUCUUUUUUCUUCCAAGAUAACUUUGUUUGUUCUUGUUUUCUCACAAUUUUAUAAUCAAAAUCAAAUCUUUUAAUAUUUUUUUCUUGUUUUAUCUCAAUGCAGUCACAAAACCUUCUUCCUAUUUCUAACCCCAAUUCAUCAAAUAUGAUCCCAACAUCAUCUUCAGCUACUGCUGACACAAUGUUACUUGUUGUUCAAGAAAAUGAUGAUUCUAAGAUUGAGAAAAAACCCCUUUUGUCUAGAACCUUUAGUUACACUUCAUCAUCUUCUUCUUCUUCUUCAAAUUUGCUUAAGCAGCAACAAAGGAGGAGACGUAUAGCAAGUGAAAACUCCCUUUGUUCAGUAGCUGUUGAAGGUUGUAGCCAAGAUAUGGAAAGGGCUGCUUCUAAUACUUUUAUUGUUACUAAGCUUAGCUUUACCCUCUUGCGAUAUCUCGGGGUAGGCUACAGAUGGAUCGUCAGGUUUCUUGCCCUUGGCUGUUAUGCUGUGCUACUUAUACCUGGUUUUAUUCAAGUUGGCUAUUACUAUUUCAAUUCCAGUCAAGUGCGUAGAGGCAUUUUUUAUGGUGAUCAACCGAGAAAUAGGCUUGAUCUGUACUUGCCGAAAAACAUGAACGGGCCAAAGCCAGUUGUUGCAUUUGUAACAGGUGGAGCAUGGAUUAUUGGUUACAAAGCUUGGGGUUCUCUUCUUGGACAACAGUUGUCAGAAAGAGACAUUAUUGUGGCAUGCAUUGAUUACAGAAAUUUUCCUCAGGGAACAAUUAGUGACAUGGUUAAGGAUGCUUCUCAAGGUAUCUCCUUUGUUUGCAACAAGAUUGCCGAAUAUGGAGGUGAUCCUAACAGAAUUUACUUAAUGGGACAAUCAGCUGGUGCACAUAUCGCUUCUUGCGCUCUUUUGGAUCAGGCAAUCAAGGAAGCCAGUGAGGAACAGAGAGAUUCUUGGAGUGUCUCCCAAAUUAAGGCGUAUUUUGGUCUAUCGGGCGGGUAUAAUUUCCUUAACCUUGUUGAUCACUUCCAUAGCCGAGGUUUGUACCGUUCAAUUUUUCUAAGCAUAAUGGAAGGGGAACAAGGUCUGCGACGAUACUCACCUGAAGUGAUGGCACAGGACCCAAACGUUAAAAAUGCUCUUUCUCUCCUUCCUCCUAUUGUCCUUUUCCAUGGUACUGCAGAUUAUUCCAUUCCGUGUAAUUCCAGCAAGAGUUUUGCUGAUACUCUUAAAGCUCUCGGUGUCAAAGCUGAAUGUAUCCUAUAUGAAGGAAAAACACAUACAGAUUUGUUUCUUCAGGAUCCAAUGAGAGGUGGAAUAGACGACAUGUUAAAUGAUCUAAUUACGAUGAUUCAUGGUGAUAACUCGGAAACCAUCAGAGCAAAUUCGACUCCAAGAAAACGCCUUGUACCCGAGUUCAUGUUGAAGUUGGCUCGAAGUGUUAGCCCCUUUUAGCGAUCAUUCUGCUGCUGCUUUCGACAUUGGAUUCUGUCGGAUCAUUGUGCAUUGAACGAAGAGCUCGACUAAAGUCCAGACCUUUCGAAUAGAUUAGCUUUCUUCCUAUUUUUGUCCCCUGCUUAUUCCUUGUAUUAGUCAGUUUAUAGUGGAUUUGCAACAAAAAUAGGCAUACAAAUAGGUCAUUCUUGGAAAGGAAAAAUCCUUCACUCAAUUAUUCUUAUGAUUUUGUAACACAUUUUUAAGUCCUUUUUCUUAGCUAUUGUGUCUCCUUUAGAGGAAAGCUCUGUGAAUUCUGGAUUCCACACCACUGUAGCACUAGUGAAGUUGCAACUACUUAGACUACAAGUCUAGUUCCAAUUUUUUGCAUGGU